GCAUCUGUUCCUUCAACCUCUCCACUUCCAUCGCAUUUUCAUCCUCUGGAUGUUUCCUCUCCCUGCGCUGUCUCCCUCUCUUCCUGCCAUCCUUUUCCUCUCCCUGUUUUCUGCCUCCUGUCGCAUUAACUCCUUCCUGCCCUGCUCCUUCCUCCGUCACUCCCUCCCGUCUCUCUCGGCCGGUCUCUGCCUCAGGUACUUGAUCAUCGAGAACUUCAUCCCCCCCGAGGAGAAGAACAAGAUCAUGAACCGCCUGUACUUCGACGGUGACGAGGACCAGUGGAAGUUCCAGCCGCUGGUGCCCACCGGAGGGAACAGCUCCCAGAUGAAGAGGCGCCCGACCUCGGCCGUGGGCUACAAGAGACCCAUCAGCCAGUACGCCCGCGUGGCCAUGGCCAUGAGGUCCCACCCCCGCUUCCGGGCCGAGAACAUCAUGUUCCUGGAGCUGGACCUCUCCCCCCCGGCCAUCUUCGAGUUCGAGCGGAGCCGGGACCCGGCGGAGCAGGACCCGCGGGCGCUGCACCUGGAGCGGCUGAUGCGCCUGGACAGCCUCCUGGAGCGGCCGGCGGCCUCCCGCCUGCGCAAGUCCCGCUCCUGGUGCCCGACGCCGCGGUCGCUGCCCUCCUCCACCACACACGUGUCCCUCGCCUCCAGCGCCCCGUGUGCCGCGAUGCCAGCCGUGCCAGCGGUGCCAGCCAUGCCAGCUCAGGAGUGACUCCUGGCACCUGCUCCGGACUGAGCCCCAGGGGGCCAAGGGAGGCCCGGCCGAGCCUGGCCCAGCCCGUCCUUGUCUGCAGCUGCUUUGUGUGCGUGUGUUUGUGAGACACGAACGGCCCGGCGGGGACUGCCCCUCCCUCCCUCCCUCCCUCCCCCCCUCCCUCCCCUGCCCCUCCCCGGCCCGGAUCUGUCACUUUAUUUAUUUAAGCUAUUUAUUUAUGGUGGAGGCGGGAGAUGCUCGGACUGUUGGACGUGCAGGGCUGGCCCUGGGCACUGUGCUGACCCCCCCAGGUCUGUGCAGCUCCCAGCCCUGCCCACGCCAUCCUGGCACAGGGCUGGGCACCGCCAGGACACCACUCACCGGCCAGGAGGGGCA